AUGAUGACCAGUAUUGGCUUCUUGUUUAUGGUCACCACUUUCAACGAAUGGAAGCUGAUGGAUGCGGAAAGCAAGUCGCUCAUCUACCGUGGGUUCUGGUUAUGCUGGUUUACAAUCAUGUUAGAUUCCCUGCUCAUUUCGAUGGUGACCUUCGCUACUGCAAGAAUUGCUGUCUUGGGAUACAAGUUCGAAAAUUUCGAGAUAUACAGUAAUGGAAGGAAUGAAUCAACAUUUCAUUGUCUACGGAAUAUUGUUACGGAACAUCAGAAUCUGAUCAGAUACGUUGAAGAUGUCCAGAAAUCCUUGAAAUGGUACUUAUUAGGAGAGUUUUUGAUCAAAUCUUAUCAUAUAACAGUGUCGCUUCUGAACGUGAUACACGCAACAAAUAAGGAAGAAAUCAUUUUUUACCAGUCCAUGGUGAUAGGGCUACUACUUCAUGUUAGCAUGUUCUACUAUAAUGCCAAUGAGUUAUCAUCAGAGAGCACAAAUUUGAGCGUGAGGAUAUUCAAGAGUAACUGGUACGACCAAAGCUCUGGAGUGGUGAGAAGUCUUUCGAUUGUGAUGGCCAGAGUGCAAAGACCACUUGUACUUUACAUGGGCAACAUUCGAGUGAUCGACAACGAUCUGAUUGUAAACAUGAUCAAAGCUGCUUAUACGUUCCUAUUGUACCAGGAGAUUUAG